CAACGUGCAGUGUCAUCACUGCAUCCCAUACAUUGGGCGAUCAUGUCUGGACGUGGUAAGGGCGGCAAAGGUCUUGGUAAGGGGGGUGCUAAGCGCCACCGCAAAGUGUUGCGCGACAACAUCCAGGGCAUUACCAAGCCUGCUAUUCGGCGCUUGGCCAGACGUGGGGGUGUCAAGCGUAUCUCUGGCCUCAUUUACGAGGAGACCCGCGGGGUGCUCAAGGUCUUCCUAGAGAACGUGAUCCGGGACGCGGUCACCUACACGGAACACGCCAAGCGCAAGACGGUCACCGCCAUGGAUGUGGUCUACGCGCUCAAGCGCCAGGGGCGCACUCUCUACGGCUUCGGCGGCCAAGUCCUCUUUUUUUUUUUUUUUUUUUUUUUUCUUUUAUCUAAAGGCCCUUUUCAGGGCCGCCCACUCUUUCUCAGGAAGAGCUGUACGUGGCUUUCGCAGUGUAGUUGUGUUGCAGUUAGAAAUAGUAAUUGUGUUUAAAUACGAACGCGGUCUCGCCCUUUAUUAGUAACUGUAGAUCGAACGGCUGGUUCCUUUCAGGACAGGCGUCUCUGAGCCAAUCUGUUAGUACAAUAAGCAGCGCGUAUCUUCGGCCAAUGAGCAACGAGCAAGGGCUGUCCGAUAGGUGGGACUGAGACUGAAAUAAGGAACUCAAGCGAAAAGUCUCUGCACCCCCAGUGGAGGUCGGAAGGAUCCGGAGUCCCCAGCUGUUUCACGUGGGAGAGAUUCUGCCCGAUCCACGUCCCUUGUGAAAGUGUUAACUGCAGGCCAUGGUUUCAGCGAGGAGGCAGUUUCUCUCCUGUGUGGAAGUAGCGCCGAGCUCGUUUUUGGUCCUAGGAUGGUUAACUAUUCGUAGACAUCGCGAGAGCCUGCCAGGGUGCUGCCGGCCGCUCUAAGGAAUACAUACGACACCGCCAGCAAGACUGGGUGUUAAUUCUUAGUGUAUUUGCCCUGAACAACGUCAGGAGAGAUCUGCAGUUACGCCUCACACCCUCGUCCCCCGCCCCCUCCUCCUCCGCUGGGUCGCACGCCCCAGGCCUUCGCUGCCAGUGCCUCUAGAGUUUGAGCCAGAUACCGUCCUGAGUGUCGUCACGCCCCACAAAGCCGAUGGUCUUGGGUUUGAAGGUACCUCCGCAUUGCUGAUUUGCAUCCUCAGGCUGGGGGCCUUCCCUAAGCGUCUGGCUAAGCAGUUUGUAAAAUCCCAUUUACUAGACUAGGGCUGUCUGUGUUCUAAUUCAGCUCUAGUUUCCUCUGAACCCCGAGGCCUCAGGCAGGGCUUAGCUUUGAGGUUGUAGGGAAGCUCCCUCCUUCGUGGUAACGGUGGAUCCCAGGAGGCUGUUUUGCACUUUCCCCCUCGUUCUCUCCCUCCUUCCAGCUCAUCUCUUCUUUCCCCUGCCCGCUGUAAAUUAUAAGGUUUUUUUUAAUGAACCUUUCAAAGACUACUUAUAAACAAUAUGGUUAUAAAAAGUUGUUUGAAACUAUGUCCUCAAAUUGAUAACCAACUGAAUAAUCUUGCAUCUUUGAUUUGCUUGAGAAAUGUAUUGAUGGCUGCUUAAAACAACAACUUUGCUGCCUGAGUACUCUGCUACCAUGUCUCUCCCUGACACUGGAGGAGAUACUGAAAAGGAGGUUGGAAAAGUGAGAUUCUUGAGUUAAGGCAAGAGGUCUGGACUAGAGAUAAAACUGUGGGAAUCAUCAGCAUUUAAAUGAUGAGACUGGGUGAGAUUACUAAGAACCAAAACUGUAUUGCAGCACACUAAUAGUAAAUGAAUAGAAACCAUGUAAAUUGUCAUCAGAAGGGGCUAAAGUAUUAUCCAUAUCCAUUAAAUGGUUCCUUGGUUCAGGCUGCUAUAACAAAAAUAUCACAGACGGUGGUUUACACAGCAAACAUUUAUUUCUCACAGUUCUGGAGGCUGGAAGUCCAAGAUCAAGGUUCAAGCAGAUUCAGACGGGACAGAUUCAGACAGAUUGAGUGUCUGGUGAGGGCCCAAUUCCUGGUUCAUAGACUGCUGUCUUCUUGCUGUGUCCUCACAUGGCAGAAGAAAGGGGCCAGAGAGCUUUCUGGGGUCUCUUUAAUAUAUAAAGGGUACUAAUCACGUUCAUGAGUACUCCAUCUUCACGGCCUAAUCACUGUCCAGGGGCCUCACCUCCUAAUAUCAUCACAUUGAGGGUUAGGGUUUCAACAUAUGAAUUUUGGGGGAACAUCAACCGUCCAUAACAAAUGGGAUACUGUACGGCCCAACUAACAAAUAGGAAAACUGUACUCCAGUAUAUACUCUCUAUAGUACCUUAGGCUCAGUUCUUGGGCCCAUUCUCUAUUUUUGGUGACGUCAUCUAGUCUCACACUCAAAUAUUCCGUCUUCUGUGAAAUAAUUUUUGUUUAACAGGACACACCAUGGCCUAGCUGUCAGGUCUGCUUGUAGUUACACUAAAGCUUAUGACAGUGUCAGCUUCCAACUGCUUCUCAUUCUCAAUGGUUGUUUGUGCAGGGUGGCCUUCAUCACCUCGCUCAACUUUAUCAGUUUCCUUCCACCCACCUCAAGCUUCAUAAUAAAACAUAUAAUCUAAGAAAAAUAGUGUUGGAAAUAUAAAUCAUCUCCCUGACCUCUCCCCUGAUCACCAGACUCAUAUACCCAACUGCGUAUUUGACAUAUCUACUUAGAUUUCCAGUGGGCAUCACCAACUUGUCCAAAAUAGAUAUCUUGACACAUAAGUACCAAAUCUGUUCUUCCUGCAAUAUUCUCCACCUCAAUAAAUGGAACUCUAUUCUUCCAGUGGCUCAGUUCAGAAACCUUGCAUUCCUGUUUGACCUUUCUCUUACAACUGUCAUCCAAUCCACACAGAGCUAUCUUCAAAAUCAAUCAGGCCACCUUUCUCUACAUUCUCUGCGGCUACCCUAGGGCAAGCCACACUCACAUUCUGUCCAGACGACCCUAGUGACUCCUAACUCGUCUUUCUGCUUCCACUCGAUGACUACAGUUUUUUCUUUACCCAGCAGCAAAAGUGAUCCUUUUAAAGGGCAUUGUGUCCACCCUUUGCUCCAGACAUUUCAGUGGCUUUCCAUCUUCUUCAUAAUAAAAGCCAGUGUCCUUACCAAAGCCUCUAAGGAAGGUGAACAAAAAUUCCAGUUUGCCUGAGUUGGGAGACUUUCUGGGAAUGCAGGACUUUCAGUGCUAAAACUUGGAAAGUCCCAGGCAAACAGGAUGAGUUGGUCACCCUACGCAUAAGGCCUCACCUGAUCUAACCCCUGGUCACACUCUGACCUCAUUCUCUAUCACAUUUGUCUUCACUGACCUUUUUCCUCCUUCUGGAAUGGACCAAGCACGUUCCAGUCUCAGAGACUUUGUACUUGUUUUUCUUUCUUUCUAGAAGUAUCUUAUCCUGAUGUACGGAAGAUAAAAUUUGACCUCCACCUUCUUAAGGUUUUCUGCUGGGCCUAAGAACUAAAUUGACAUAAAAUAGAUUAACAGGAGGAAAACAUACAAUUUACUUAUUUUUUAUAUAUAUGUAGACAUUGGGCUACAUCAAUGAGUUUUAUGCGACACAGGCACCCUCAUAAGGAAAUGAAGACUGGAAGAAGCAGUUAGAGUUGAACACUUCCAUACUGAGUUAGACAGAGUGGUCAAUUGUGAAAAUGUGACAAGGCAAGGAGGCUUGGGCUACAGGAUUUAAUUGUGGAGAAGUGACUAGGAAGAUAAGGGUUAGUUUACAAGUUUUGUACAGAUUUCUCGGCCUCGACUCCCCAUCCCUAGUGAUGAGAAUGCUACUUUCCUGCUAGUAUAUGAAGGACACUGUCCAUAUGGCGACUUUAUCUCCUGCUUUCAAGAAGAAAAGAAGAGGUCAGAGCACCCUUCUUGCACCUGCUGUUUUUCAACUGCCUUUAGUUCAAAACAAUAUUCAUGUCAGAGGCCUAUUUUGGGGUGGCAUGUCCUGCCACCUUUCACUGGAUACCUGCACGGCUUCAGAACUCAUUUCAUUCAGGCCUCUGCUCAAACCACCAACUUAUGAAAGAGAAAGGGGUAUGCAAAAUAAUACCCCUUUCUGCUCAUUUAUUAAAUUAGCAUAUGUAGCCCCACCUGUAACAAUAUAUUUUUAAUUUUUGUUUGUUGUUGUCUCUCCCCCAACUAGAAUAUAAUUCCUUGAAAGUGGGGACUUUGUUUUAUGCCUGAAGUGUCCCUGGAACUUACAAUGGGGCUGACAUCUAAUAGGUAUUCUAUGAAGGUGUAUUAUGUAGAGGAGGAAAAAUACUUUUCCUUUUCCCCUUCCAGGUUCUCGACUGAGAACACCCUAUAAUAAGAAAAACAGAUUAAAAGAAGAAAAACAAAUUUAAUUACGUACAUAUGUACAGGAGUCUCACAAGAUAUGAGACUCAAGGAAGUGACCAGAGCAGGAAGCUUUUAUCUCUUUUACACAAAGAAACAUAAAUUUCUGAUGAAUUGACAAGGCAAAAGGGUGUGGGCUAGGGAGAGUAAAAUGAAGAAGUAAGAAGGUUUGUUCAUUCAGUCUCCUGGGACGUAAAUUCUCUGCCUCUGGUGACAAGGAUGUCUCCCUUCCUUCUGGUACAGGGAGGGUACCUUUCACACCGGAGACUUAUCAGCCGCUUUAUCACCCGCUUUCAGGGAAGAAGAGGGAAGUGAGGGGAGGUCGGAGUGACCUUCCUGCUCCUGCCAUUUUCUCAAAUUCCUUUGAGCUUAAGAUAUUUAACACACCAAGGUGCUAUAUUAGGUCGUAGCGUGUCCUGAACCCCGUCAGCUGAAUGAAUGCAUGCAUGAAUUUUCUACACAAGUCCCCAGGCGCCCCCCACCCCCACCUGGCACACCAGAGUGCUGCCGUGAUUGAUUGCCCAUCCUCACUUCCUUGACUUGCCACUGCCUGAAUCUAUCAGCAUGACGGUUUUCCUCCAGAUCUGAGGAAAGAUGUGGAAGCAGCAAAUCAGGCAUUAGCUUUGUUCUGAACAAGGACUUCAUGAGUGUUAGGACUGAAUCAAGCUCAGAGGUUUUCACCCAGGGCGGUGAUGAGUAUGACUGAAUGUGUAUUAUUCUACCUCAAGGCUAUGAACUAAAGAAGCCAAGCUGACCAUAACACAAGCUAUGUUUCUAUUGCUAUAGCAUCCACACCUCCCCUCCCACAUAGGUAAUCUCUAUCCAGGCACCUCUCUACAUAUAUUCUGGGUGGAGGACAGGGAAUUGUCUCUGAUUGGCUCACUGAUGGACCCGAAUGCCUAGACAGUAUCUGGCACAUUACAUGAGGUCAAAAAAUCUCUCUCGAAGGAACACCAGCUAAGGAGGACAUAAAAUGACCAUUCUCCCAACCAGGCCCAUUUUCGCUCCUCUGGCCAUCCAGGCUGCAGCUGUGAAUUCUCCUCAGUAAAAUAAGCUAAGCUAGGAAUUUUUAUCAUCCCCCAAGAAAUCGUGGAGAACAGUUAUCAGGUGGAAAAUGGAACCAAAAAAACUAGGAGAGACGCUGGCUGAAGCUAACAUACUGAGGCUGAAAUCAGUCCUCUAAAAAAAUGAUACCAAAAAGAACCCAGUGACAGAGGCAUUUGUGAAUAUCCCUUUAGAUGAGAAUAAGCUGUUUCUCUAUUAGCCAAUUUCGAGUGAAAUCACAUCCCUUCUCCAGCUGAGUUCUGAAGUCUAACAUACUACUGGAAUACAUAAUUGGACCAGGGAUACCCUUGCUUAAAAACCUUCGGUGGCUGCAACGGCUGACUAGAUCAAGCCCAUACUUCCAAGUUGAGCAGGAGAGGCCCUUCGCGGACCAACCGUGCCUCCCCUACCAACCUCAUCUCCUUCCGCCCUGCCUCCUAUACACAUAUAUAAAACAGCUUUAUUGAGAUACAGUUUACAUACCAUAAAAUUCACCCACUUUGUGUACAACUCAAUGAAUUUUAGUAUAUUUCCUUAAUUGUACAACCAUCGCCACAAUCUAUCUAACGAACAUUUCCAUCACUCUUAUUUUCAUGCUUCUAUGAAGGAAGGAAAAUAAGUACGGCUACCUGCUGAGGGCUGUGUUGACACUGGAAGGGAGGUGCGUUCUCUCCAUAAACCAGAUUUUAAUUUCCUUUGAAUCCAGUGCCCUGGGUUUUCUGGCAGUCUGAAUCGGGUUUCCUCCUCUGCCCACCAUUUUCAGGGAUUGUUUUUUCAAUCAAGACGAAUCCAUUAGCGGCAAUAAUUUUAGUACUGUUCUCAGGGCACGAUCGAGGGACAUUUAGAUGUCUCUAUUUCAUAAUCCAUAAAAAGACAAAUUUUAAAAAUUCUCUAAACCAGUGCUUGGGCGAGAAACGCCCGCUUUCCCAUCCCCCAAUCUGGCUCGCCGCAGGGAACCACAUGAGAUCAUCAGUUCUGAUUGGUUGAUAACCACGGAUGGGGCUUGCUGAUUGGGCAGUGUUUCUCUUUGUUCCUGAAAACCCAGGCAAGUUUCGUACUAUACUUGGUUCUUUUCUCUUUUUCUUUCAAGUUAGAAUAUCAUCCCUCGCCUACCCGUAUCGAAUGAAUAAAGGAAAGUGAGAAAAUACCCCAUCGACCUGAAGGAGUUACGGCCUAGAGUACAUUCGGCCUGCAAAAUGGAAAUGACUGCGAAGUCCUCCCGCACCGCCGCUGGGAACACAAAGUACGCCAGCCCCAGCAGCUCAGAGCAGUUGCUUUGGCGCAACAGGCGAUGGACUCCGCCCAAUAACUAGAUUCCGACAGCCUCUUCACAUCCCUACUCCCGCUCCCUCAAACUGAUGUUAAGCCCUCAAACUCAUGUGGCUGAAGAGAAUGAACUAGAAGAAUGAGAUGUGUUUUUCUAAGAUAGUCAUGUGUAAGAGAGAAGCAAGUGUGCUGCGGUGGAUCUGGGGAAGGAUGAAUCAGGAAUUCUGUUGUGAAGUUUUGCAGUUUCUAUGAGAUUACCAAAUGGACGAGGGAGUAAUCCACUGGGUUCAAAUGCUGCUGAUAGAGUGAAGUGAGUAGAAACCUGAAAAUGGUCCCCUGGCUUAGCAGUAUGAAGAUUACUGGUAGCUUUGACAAGAGUAGUUUUGGGGAGGAAGGAGUUGAAUUGAGGUAGAGCUAUAAAUUAGGAAGUCACUGGUAUACAGAUGUCAUUUAAAGCCAGGAGACUGAGUCAGGUCACCAAGGGGUGACUGAGGUAGAGAAGAAUAUGAAGGGGAAAGAACUGAAUCCUGAGGCAUCCAACAUCAAGGGCAGGGGAUAUCUGGCCCUGCCCAUUUAUCAUAGAUAAAUCUGGAUAAUUAUUAGACCUCUUUGUGCUUCCAUUUACUUAUUUAAAGGUAAAGGGGUUGGAUUAGAGAAGUGUUUUUCAUGGCCUGUUAGGAAUAGAAUAGACUAGAACAUAUUAGAGUAUGCCAUAUUGUAAAGGAGAGGAGGGCUUCCUGGAGUUUAGGUUUCAUGCACACACAUUGUUGGGCAUAUGUAUGCAUGUUCUAGGUCGUGAAGACCAUGUUUCUUAUUGGGGUCACAGUCAAAGAAGCCUGAAAAACAGAGGUCAAGAUGCUCCCUGUGGUCUUUUACAAUUCCAAGAGUCUAUUGUUUUAAUAGAUGUUCUGACCACAGAAUUAUAUUAGAUCUAACAUCUAUUUGAAAGUGUGAGAGACUUGAAAUCACGAUCUCAGAGAUCUUCCUGAGACAAGCAGGUAACAGUAGUGACACAAACUCCGUUCUUUUUUUUCAGUUCAGGUAACAUUGGUUUAUAACACCAUAUAGGUUUCAGGCAUCGAACAUUAUAAUUCAACACCUGUAUUUACUAGCAUGUUCACCACCAAAAGUCUAGAUUCUGUUCUUUACUAAUUGUUCUGAUUGUUCCUGCUAGAGGGGCUUUUUGAAAAGAAAGAAAAAUGGGAGGAGCAGAGAAAAACACAGGUUAUGUGACUGCCAGGACUGAUUGAAGAUUAGUGGGGCCUCCUUAAAAAAUUACAGUCUACAAAUAAUGGUUUUGCUAAGUAAAUUGUACAAUAAUCACACCUAGAUGGGAAAAAGAGAUGAAGCAGGAAAUCUCUCAUUUUAAUGCUACGGGUUUUAUUGUGUCCUAUGUGGCCAAAGUAAAAAAGAGGAAUAUUGGGGGAGGGGAGGGGAAUUUGUUCUUUUCUUUAUACCAUAAUGUAUUUUUCAGAUCUUUGACAACGUGCACAUGUAAAUCUGAACUAGAAAAAAAAUAUAUUAUUCUGCAUAUAGAAACAGAAUCAGAUUAAAAUAGGAGUAUUAAUUACUAAAUAGUUGUUUAGUAAAACGGCCUAGCAAGUACCCAUAGUAUUCCAUUGUGUGUAUGCUCUAUAGCUGGUGUCACCAGUCACUUAUUGCUGGAUUUUUAAAAAUUUAACAAAAAUUACAUAGUCAUUUUCAACUAUCUCAGAAUAUGUUCCCAGAAGUGGGAUUUCUAAAUCAAAGGGUAAAAAGUAACAUGAUAAAUUUUAGGUUGUGGUAAAAUUAUAAUAAUGUUAUCUUAAAAACAAAUACAAAUACCUAAAGACAAAAAUGUCACUAGACC